AUGACCUUGUGGACUUGUAUCACUGGCUGUGCUCUGAGCCAUCUCAGGUUGGUCCUUCCUUUGUCUCUUAGAGAGCAUGUCACCAGAUCCAGAGCACAUCUGGAUUGGAUGAUGUGGACAGGGCCAAGCCAUCCAGGUGCACAAUUUGUAACUGGUGGUCCCUCACAAAUUCUUCAAGGCAAUGAUCAUUUCACAGAACAGACAUACAUAUUUCUCAUGCUGGAGUAUGCCUUCCUCCAGAAGUCCAAGGUGGAUGCAUUCAUCAAGAAAGAAGUGAAACAAUCAUGCUUAACAUUGGUCCAGGAACUCACCAAGUUGAGAAUUGAAAAACAAAAGGCAGAGAAGGCCCUCUGUAAGGCACAAGCAAUACAAGAAGAUCUUGAGGUGACAGUUCAACAGAUAACUGUGGCUCAUGAUGCUGCCACCAGGUGCAAGGUUUGUAAAGGUUGCAUUGACAGACUAUUUGUUUGCUUGAGGGACUGGUUCCAUACCCACCUCAGAGAGCAACUCAAUGCUAAGUGGAGAAACAUACCUAAGCACCUGAGAUGGCAUCCCAUUACUGCCAAGACAUUAACAGAGCUGUAUGAUGGAAGAUAUCUCCAAGUUAUGCUGUAUGAUUGCCCUCUGUGUGAGGGGCCUGUGUGGAUGAAACCUAUUGAAGUCAACAAUUUCAGUGACUUCCUUGUGGUAGUGAACAAUGUACUUGGGCAACCACAGGACCAUGCCAUAGACAAUCCCCACCUACUGGAUCAGGAUAUCUGGGGAGAUGUAUUUCAUGAUAAGAUGUACUACUAG